CCUCGGAUUGGCUGGCGCGGGGCGCGGGGCGGGAACCCGCGGCGGCGUACUUAAGGCCGGGCGCUCGGCGUCCCCCCCCUCACUCGCGCGUUAGGAGGCUUGGCUCGUUGUGCUGCGCCUUGUUCCCGCCUGCGUCAGGGACCUUCCCGACUCAGUGGCCGCCAUGGCAUCAGACGAAGGCAAGCUUUUCGUCGGAGGGCUGAGUUUUGAUACCAAUGAGCAGUCGCUGGAGCAGGUCUUCUCAAAAUACGGACAGAUCUCUGAAGUGGUGGUCGUGAAAGACAGGGAGACCCAGCGAUCACGAGGCUUUGGGUUUGUCACCUUUGAGAACAUCGACGAUGCCAAGGACGCCAUGAUGGCCAUGAAUGGGAAGUCUGUGGACGGGCGACAGAUCCGAGUAGACCAGGCUGGCAAGUCAUCUGACAACCGAUCCCGUGGGUAUCGAGGUGGCUCCGCUGGGGGCCGGGGCUUCUUCCGAGGAGGCCGAGGCCGGGGCCGUGGGUUCUCCAGAGGAGGAGGGGAUCGAGGCUAUGGGGGGAGCCGGUUUGAGUCCAGGAGUGGGGGUUAUGGAGGCUCCAGAGACUACUACAGCAGCCGGAGUCAAGGUGGCGGCUAUGGUGACCGGAGCUCGGGUGGGUCCUACAGAGACAGCUACGACAGUUACGCUACACACAACGAGUAAAAAUCCUUCCUGCUCAAGAUCGUCCUUCCAAUGGCUGUAUAUUUAAAGAUUUUGGGAGCUUCGCUGAAUCGUUAAUGUGUAGUGAACACACCUCCUUGUACCCCACUUUUGUAGUCUUAUCCGUUCUGAUCUUGUCAAACACAGCCUGACUGCUUCUGACCCCCAGAUGGCCUCAUUACUAGAGUUUUCUUUUUAAGGAAGCGCUGUCCGUUUUUAAGGGUUUUAAAAACGUUUUGAAAAGCACUUCAGAAUUUUUUUUUUUUUUUUCUUUUUACCAUGAGCCAUAAGUUUUUUAGGAAAUCAUUGGGGGUUGUGUGGGUUUCGGUUUUGGUUGUGUUGCCUUUUUUGUUUCUCUUUUUAGUGGGGUCAGGCCCGUGAAGUUGGGUGCCCCAAUUAACUUCUCUUAAGAUUGAACGGACUCUGAAUCCGCUUUUUGUCGGAAGCUGAGCAAGCUGUGGCUUUUUUCCAACUCUGUGUAAUGUUUCUGAGUGUAGCUGGUAGGACCCAUCCUGGGGCAGUAGCAGAGGUGCUCUGGCUGCCCUGGGCCUGGCCUGUACGGCCCUUCUGUGCUAUGUAUGACCCACAGUAGACUUGCAGACGUCCCCUCGAGAGGUUCUUGAAAAUGUUUAUUUAUAUUGUCCUUUUUUACUGGAAGACGUAUGCAUAUCCCAUUGAUGUUGUAUUUGAAGUGGUUAAGGAAUUCUUGUACGCAGUUUUCUUUGGCUUUACGAAGCCGAUUAAAAGGACCGUCUGAAAUGAA